GGUCUGGCGGCCAUGACCCCAGGCGUCCUGGGACAGAGGACUAGGCGCCCCCAACGUUUUUCUGCCGUGAGAGGCUGCCCCUAAGUGUAACUCCAGUGCUGUGAAGGUUCCAGGGUUGGCAGAGGGGACUGAGGGGACCAUGAAAAUGGACAUGGAGGACGCAGACAUGACUCUGUGGACAGAGGCUGAGUUUGAGGAGAAGUGUACAUACAUUGUGAACGACCACCCCUGGGAUUCUGGCACCGAAGGAGGCACUUCGGUUCAGGCAGAGGCAUCCUUACCGAGGAAUCUGCUUUUCAAAUAUGCCACAAACAGCAAAGAGGUUAUUGGAGUGGUGAGUAAAGAAUACAUACCAAAGGGGACACGUUUUGGACCUCUAAUAGGUGAAAUCUACACCAAUGAUACAGUUCCCAAGAACGCCAACAGGAAAUAUUUUUGGCGGAUCUAUUCCCGAGGGGAGCUUCACCACUUCAUCGAUGGCUUUAAUGAGGAGAAGAGCAACUGGCUGCGCUACGUGAACCCAGCACACUCUGCCCGGGAGCAGAACCUGGCUGCCUGUCAGAACGGCAUGAACAUCUACUUCUACACCAUUAAGCCCAUCCCCGCCAACCAGGAGCUUCUUGUGUGGUAUUGCCGGGACUUUGCGGAAAGGCUUCACUACCCUUAUCCUGGAGAGCUGACAAUGAUGAAUCUCACGCAAACCCAGAGCCAUCCAAAGCAGCAGAGCACUGAGAAACAUGAACUUUGCCCAAAGAAUGUCCCGAAGAGAGAGUACAGCGUGAAAGAAAUACUAAAAUUGGACUCCCACCCCUCCAAAGGGAAGGACUUCUACCGCUCCAACAUUUCACCCCUCACUUCGGAAAAGGACGCGGAUGACUUCCGGAAAAAUGGGAGCCCCGAGAUGCCCUUCUACCCGCGGGUGGUGUACCCGAUCCGGGCCCCUCUCCCGGAAGACUUUCUGAAAGCUUCCCUGGCCUACGGGAUGGAGCGGCCGCCCUACAUCGCGCACUCCCCCAUCCCGUCCUCCACGACGCCCAGCCCCUCGGCGCGCAGCAGCCCGGACCGGAGCCUGCACGGCAGCCCCGGGAACACCGUGUCGCCGCGGGCCCCCGGCUCCCAGGAGCACCGCGACCCUUACGCCUACUUGAACGCUCCGUACGCCGCCGCCGCCGCCGCCGCCGAGGGGCUGGGCCCCUACCCCGGCUACGCGCCGCCCCCGCACCUGCCGCCCGCCUUCAUCCCUUCCUACAACGCGCACUACCCGAAGUUCCUGCUGCCCCCCUAUGGCAUGAACUGCAACGGCCUGGGCGCCGUGGGCAACAUCAACGGCCUCGGCAGCUUCGGCCUCUUCCCGAGGCUGUACCCCGUGUACGGCGGCCUCCUGGGCGGGGGCGGCCUGCCUCCCCCGAUGCUGGCGCCCGCCUCCCUCCCCAGCUCGCUGCCCUCGGAGGGGGCGCGCCGCCUGCUGCAGCCCGAGCACCCCCGGGAGGUGCUGGUGCCCGCGCCGCACAGUGCCUUCUCCCUCCCCGGGGCGGCCGCCAGCCUGAAGGACAAGGCCUGCAGCCCCACCAGCGGGUCCCCGACGGCCGGCACCGCCGCCACGGCCGAGCACGUGGUGCAGCCCAAAGCUACCUCAGCGGCCGCGGCGGCCCCCGGCGGCGGCGACGAGGCCGUGAAUCUCAUCAAGAACAAAAGGAACAUGACCGGCUACAAGACGCUCCCCUACCCCCUGAAGAAGCAGAACGGCAAGAUCAAGUACGAGUGCAACGUCUGCGCCAAGACUUUCGGCCAGCUCUCAAACCUGAAGGUCCACCUCAGAGUGCACAGCGGAGAACGGCCUUUCAAAUGCCAGACUUGCAACAAGGGCUUCACUCAGCUCGCCCACCUGCAGAAACACUACCUGGUACACACGGGAGAGAAGCCACAUGAAUGCCAGGUUUGCCACAAGCGAUUUAGCAGCACCAGCAAUCUCAAGACCCACCUGCGACUCCACUCCGGAGAGAAACCUUACCAGUGCAAGGUGUGCCCCGCCAAGUUCACCCAGUUUGUGCACCUGAAACUCCACAAGCGCCUACACACCCGGGAGCGGCCCCACAAGUGUGCCCACUGCCACAAGAGCUACAUCCAUCUCUGCAGCCUCAAGGUCCACCUGAAGGGGUAUUGUCCUGUGGCCCCAGCCACGGGGCUGCCUCUGGAGGACCUGACCAGAAUCAACGAAGAAAUCGAGAAGUUUGACAUCAGCGACAAUGCCGACCGGCUGGAGGACAUGGAGGACAACGUUGACGUGACCUCUGUGGUGGAGAAGGAGAUUCUGGCCGUGGUCAGAAAAGAGAAAGAAGAAACUGGCCUGAAAGUGUCUUUGCAAAGAAACAUGGGGAAUGGACUGCUCUCAGGAUGUAACCUCUACGAGUCAACAGACCCGUCCCUCCUGAAGUUGCCUCACAGCAACCCACUACCUCUGGGACCUGUAAAGGUCAAACAAGAAACAAUCGAACCAAUGGAUCCUUAAGAUUUGCAGAAAACAAAAGAUGUUUUGUCUUCUUAACUUAUGACUUGGUGAGUCAGGGUGUCUGUAGCAAAUGCUUGUACAUAAUUCCAGUUCUGCAAAGCUCUCCUGACGGCAGAUGGUUUCCCCUCACCUCUCUGGAAUUAAAGAAGGAUCCCCAAAGUUACUGAAAUCUCAGGGCAUAAAUGAGGGAAAGACAAUAUAUAUACAUAUUAUAUAUACUUAUUUACACCCCCAUCUAUAUAUUUGAACCUGUGUAUUUUGAAUAUUUGUGUGGAUAUGUUUGCAUAGCCCUCCCAUUGCUAAGACUAUUGC